AUGGGCACCACUGCUGCUGCCAGGGUCACCACUGCCCUCUCCAGCACCAUCCUGCGCUGGGAGCCUCUGAAAGCUUUAGCUCUUGAAGAAGAGUCACUACAUAGUAAAGGAAGCAAUAACCAGUCUUUCAAAAGCCCCAGAGAUACCCAAGACUUUGGAUAUGAGAUCGGAUUACGUGUUCAGUCAAAUAUUUCUGAAGACCAGAGACUUAAAAGUGAAGAGGAUAUUUCUAAAUGUGAUCAAUUUGAUGAGUCUUUCAUUAAAACUUUAUUAUCCUUCCACCAACAAAUACUAUCAUCAGAUGCCAAAAUGUACAAAUGUAAUCAGUAUGGCAAGUCAGGGAAUCAGUCUCAAAAUCAGGAAAUUCAUAUUGGAGAAAAAUCAUGCAGACAUAAUAAAUGUGAGAAAGUCUUUAUUCAGUCAUCCAAUCUAAGAAUAUGCAAUAUAAACCAUGCCAGAGAAGGCCUCUACAAAUGUAAAGAAUGUGGCAAAAUAUUUAACCUUAAUUCACUUCUUACUCAACAUCAAAGAAUUCAUGCUGAAGAGAGACCCUACAAAUGUAAAGAAUGUGGUAAAGACUUUACUCAGAUUGCAUAUCUUAGAUCACAUAAGUUAAUUCAUACGAGAGAGAAACCAUACAAAUGUGAAGAAUGUGGCAAAGCCUUUGUCUAUCAUUCAAAGUUUAUUCAUCAUCAAAGAAUUCAUACAGGAGAGAAACUCUACAAAUGUAAAGAAUGUGGUAGAGUCUUUACUCAGAUUGCACAUCUUAGAACACAUAAAUUAAUUCAUACUGGAGAGAAACCCUACAAAUGUAAAGAAUGUGGUAAAGCCUUUACUCAGCUUGCACAUCUUAGAACACAUGAGAGAAUUCAUACUGGAGAGAAACCCUAUAAAUGUGAAGAAUGUGGCAAAGCUUUUAUCUAUCAUUCAAAAUUUGUUCGACAUCAAAGAAUUCAUACAGGAGAGAAACCCUACAAAUGUAAACAAUGUGGUAAAGCCUUUAUUCAGAUUACAACUCUUAGAACACAUAAGUUAGUUCAUACUGGAGAUAUACCCUACGAAUGUAAAGAAUGUAGUAAAGCCUUUACUCAGAUAGCACAUCUUAGAAAACAUGAGAUAAUUCAUACUAGACAGAACCCAUACAAAUGUGAAGGAUGUGACAUAUUUUUUACCAAAUCUUCAAAGCUUAGGCAACAUCAGAAAAUGCAUAAUAAAAAAAAGCCCUACAAAUGUGAAGAAUGUGGCCAAUUUUUUAUCUGCACAGCAAGCUUUAGAAAACAUCAGUUAGUUCAUACUGUAUAGAAACCUAUAGAAAUGUAAAGAAUGUGGUAAAGCCUUUAUUUACUUUUCAAAUCUUAGACAACAUGAGAGAAUUUUUACUGGAGAGAUUACGCAAAUAUGAAGAAAGUGGCAUAUCCUUUACCCAGUCUUCAAGGCUUAGACAACAUCAGAAAAUUCAUAAUGAAGAGAAACUCUACAAAUAGGACUUGGGACUAAAUCGUUGAUAUCAGAGAAUUUAUACUACAGAAACCCUGUAGAUGUAAUAUAUGUGAAAAGGAUUUUAUCCCAGAUGUACAGCUUGGAAAUCACCACAGAGUUUAUAGAGAAAGAAAAUUUUAUAAGUGAAGUAAAUAUGCAGAAGUAUUUAAUCAAAAUGUACCCCUUGGGCGGCGCCUGUGGCUCAG